AUGGCACCUGGAAGAGUGGAAUGUCCAAUAUGUUCCAUUCUCGUUCCGGAGACAGAUAUAAACCUUCAUCUGGAUUUACAAUGUCGUGGAUCCCCUUCUUUCUCUUCUUCUGGAUCCAGACCAAUCAUCAGCUCUACCGUAAGACCAGUCUCAUCCAGUGGUACUCAAAGUAAACUACGCACGUCUCAUGAAUCACCCGAGCUGAAAGAAGUGAUCAGUCUAGUUGAGAAUACUCCGACUGGUAAUAAUAAUAAAACUGGAUUGAAAAGGCGACGGUCUUCAGGUCAUAAUGUAGCUCCUAUCUUCGGCUCUUCUACCACGUCCACAGGUACAGGGACCGGCAAAAGGAAAUCUUCGCAAGAGAACGAGACCGAUAAUCAGCAAGAAGAGAAAGUGGAAUUUGUGAUAGGAAGCGGUAUGAAUCGAGAAAAGAAGCAGAGACUGAAUCCUUUAACUGCCAAUCAACCACUAGCGGAACGUUCUCGUCCAACAACAUUAUCAACUUAUAUAGGUCAAGCGGAUUUAGUAGGACCUGGAUCGCUUCUUCGUGCAAGGAUAGAAGCUGGACAAGGUGUUGGAAGCUGUGUAUUGUGGGGGCCUCCAGGGUGCGGAAAGACAACUUUAGCUAGGCUAAUAGCGAAAACGGCUGAUGCGGAAUUCAAAGAACUAUCAGCUACAAGUUCUGGUACAUCAGAUGUCAGACAAGUGUUUGAGCAAGCUAAGAAUUCGCUCAGAUUGACAGGAAGAAGAACGAUAUUGAUGGUUGAUGAAAUACAUCGGUUUAACAAGUCUCAACAAGAUCUGUUUUUACCAUAUGUCGAAAAUGGCUGGGUACAACUUAUUGGCGCUACCACUGAAAAUCCCUCUUUCAAAGUAAAUGGAGCUUUACUAAGUCGUUGUCAAGUAUUCACACUUUCCCCUCAUACACCUGAAUCAUUGCAAGAGAUUCUACAGAACGCUCUAGCAUCAUUACCUAAACCAUUACCACACCUUCCUCCUGAUCUUAUCCCAUUCUUAGCGGACGUCGCAGAUGGCGAUGCCAGACAGGCAUUGAACGGAUUAGAAUUAGCCUUGAAAGUAUGUCAAGCUCCAAGACAAACAAUACUCUCUGAGACACAACUUGAAUCUCAAGAUCCUCAUGAUGAAUCUGAAAUUCAAAAGAAAAGGGACGAAGAACUUAUGGAUUCAGUAAGAAGGGGAUUGAGAAAAGGGUACGAUAGAAGUGGCGAGGAACGUUAUGAUAUGAUUUCAGCUUUACAUAAAUGUUUAAGAGGUUCUGAUGGCAGUGCCGCAAUGUAUUGGUUAGCCAGGAUGAUAACUGGUGGUGAAGAUCCAUUAUAUAUAGCAAGGAGAUUAAUUGUAAUGUCAAGUGAAGAUAUUGGAUUAGCUGAUCCUAAAGCUUUACCACUGGCAAUGGCAACGUAUCAAGCUUGUCAAGUUAUUGGACUACCUGAAUGUCGAAUCAAUCUAGCCCAUUGCGUAGCAUAUCUCGCUGAAGCGCCUAAAUCCACCCGAUCCUAUACAGCUUACAAAAGGGCGGAAGCUUUAUGUCAGCAACCACCAUUACCUGGUGUACCACUACAGAUUCGAAAUGCACCCACUGGAUUAAUGAAGAAAUUGGGAUAUGGAAAGAGAUAUUCGUAUGAUCCAGAUUACAUUCAUCCUGUAUAUAAUGAAUACCUACCACAUACUUUAUCCAACCAUUCGUCACAUUCGCCAUUCCCAAAUGAGCAUAUCUUGAAAGAUCAAGAAUAUGAACUGAAAGAUAAGACUUGGGAUGAAGAUAGGUUAAAUGAAUGGGAAUGGAGAAUAAAUAACAACGAGGAGUGGGAAGGAAGGGUACACGAAACAAAAUCCGAACAAGGAGAUAUACAGGAAGAAUCAUGA